AUGUGGACCAGGCAUGAGUAGCCGAGCGCAGAUACCAUCCCCAACCCCCCUAUGUGUAUAUUUUUUUAAAUACUUUGUGAGGAAAAACUGUCAACCAUAUCCAAAGUGCAGGACCAAAGAGAAGUAAAUAAUGUAUGCUUUUGUUAGAUUCUUUGAAGACGAUAUGUGCUACGCGUUACCCGUUUCAAAUGUCGAAGAUUUCAGACCUCUGCACAAAACAGAUUUUGAUAAUCAGAAGGUGUAUCUGGUUCACAGAACUGAAGAGAAUGGCAGCGCAGGCCAGCCGUGCGAAGCACAGAUCCUUGCCCUUGCAGAUACAGUAGAGGAAUUUGAAGACAGUAUAAUGCAAAAGAAGAUGAAAAUUCCCAAGAUGUCCAUCAAGAAUUCAGGAAACUCUAUUGAGAACAAUUUUGGAGAGGACAGAAUGCCACUCAGGCAUAAAAAGGCCCUGUCUCAAGACCAUGGACGCCCCCUUUCCAACUCCUCCAAGAGCCUGGCAGCAGUAGUAGCUCGCCUUGAGAGAAAUGCAGCCAGCUCCUGUAUGGAGGGCGAAGAGGACCUGGAUGAGGACCGACUGGCUGAGGAAGGAGAGGAUGCAGACGAUGAAGAUGAAGAUAUGGAGGCAGAGCAUCAGCAACAUCACCAGCAGCAACAACAGCAGCAUUUGGAGGUGGACACGGAUUGUGUGUCUGGCGUAGCUGCAGCUGUGGUUCCUAGAGUCCUGUACGAGGAGCUAGUUCAUAGCUACAGGCAACAGGAGGAGGAGAUGAGGAGGCUGCAGCAGGAGCUGGAGAGAACCCGUAGGCAGCUGGUGCAGCAGGCCAAAAAGCUGAAGGAAUAUGGCAGCUUGCUGACCGAAGUCAAAGAACUGAGGGACUUCAACAGGAGGCUGCAAGACGUACUUCUCAUGAGACUCGGCAGCGAGCCUAUGCAUGACAAUGGCACUCAGACAAUCAAGGCUGAAGUGGUUGAACCCAUUGUUGAGGCGCAGGAGACAUGCAGAGAAGAAGCCAACACCAGUUCCAGCUAUUCACCCUCACCCAGAACAGUAUAUACCUGCAACGAUGGGAAGGUACACCUCGGUGGAGGGAUCUGGGUGGAGGAGGAGAAGUGGCAUCAGCUGCAGCGGACCCAGGGAGAUUCCAAGUUCACAAAGAACCUGGCUGUAAUGAUCUGGGGCACAGAAACCCUCAAGAACCGUAGUGUAACUGGAGUGGCCACCAAAAAGAAGAAAGAUGCCCUGCCCAAACCUCCACUGUCGCCCAGCAAACUGAAAAUCGUUAGAGAGUGUCUCUACGACAGAGUGUCUCAAGAGACAGCCGACAGUGCAGAGAUUACGCAGAGACUGUCCAAAGUGAACAAGUACAUUUGUGAAAAGAUAAUGGACAUCAACAAGUCCAUCAAGAACGAGGAGCGGCGAGAAUCCAAGCUGCUCAUCAGACAGACAGUCAAGAUGGAGAACUUCACCUACGAUGGCAUGUAGUGAUUAACUGUUGUCACGCCAGCGCCUUCUGCCCCAGCUUCCCCGUGGUCCGCAGGAUAUUGAGGGGAAUUGAUAUGGGUGGUUGGGGGAUGUUUGUCAACGUUUCAGGAGCUGAGUUGUUUUCCUCUGACAUGUUGGAUCGGUUAUUAUGUGAAACGUUAAAACAAAUAGACCCCAUCCCAGCUCCCUGUAGAGCAACCAUCACCUUCCUCAGUGCCCAGUUUCCUCAUUGGCUGACAGAAAGCUUUACCCACCAGUGAGAAGUUGAACACGUGUGAACUAGUUUGAUGGUAUGAGUGUUUUUAUAAGCUUUACAGUGGGAUUGGUACAGAGACAUGGUUUAUUGACUUGUGUGCAUUUGUGUCAAAGGAGAGAUUAGAUGUGAUUAAUUGAUUUAUUGUUCUGUGUCAGAACAUAAUUUUGAGUCCUUAAACUUUUAAAAAGUUAGAGGUUAUUUCCCUAGAUAAAGUCUUUUGAUGCUAUAAAGAUGAUGAUGCUAGCUUGCAUUAGAUCUUAGACGUGUGAACGGUUGGAUAUUUUGGUGACUACCCAAUAACUGCUGAGUGUUUGAUAUUGGUACUUACAUAGAACUGCAUAGAAUGGGACAACAGUCUCAACUGGUAACAGCCAUAUUGCAUUUUGCAACAGAGAUUCUGUUGCUCCAAGAGAUUAAUUCUCAGUGUGUGCUCCCCCUUAACUGUAGGUCAAUCACAACACUUCACUUUAUUAAAAAGAGUACUUACAGAGGUUAAAUGUGAAGUAUGACUCUCAUGUAGAGUCUAUAGAGUGCUAUAUUUGUUUUGUUUUUUAUGUUGACCUUUUAGUUAUGAGCAUUCGCCAUCAAUGAGAGAGAGCACAAGGAAAGGUUUUGGUGGGAUAUUUGUGUGUUACUCUCAAUCAAACAUGUCACUUUCAGACAAUUUGACUGUUUAAUUUGUUCUAGUGGUACAGGCAUGUUGAUGCCUUAAAUGGAUUUGGCAAUCACCAGGUGCUGGUAUGCCCCUGGGUUUUCUAGUAGGCUGUGAUUGUAAAUUUAUAGUAAGCUGAAGUGAUGAAGCUUCACCUGCACUUUGCUGUGAGAAUUUAAGAGGUGGCUAGGUACUAUUUUCUGUGUGAUUCACACCAUUAAGCUGAGCUGAGCCGGGCUACUUUCUACCCCCAUGAUGCUGCGCUGCACGGGACAAUGUGGGGAAGAAAAUCAGGGCACGGCUCUGCACGGUUCAGGUCAUCUUCUUGUCUAAGCAGUGUUAGCUGUGGGUAAAGCUGUCUGAAACACUGUUGUACUGUGGAAGUUGUCUGGGCCUGCUGAACCCCAUAAUAACCCCCUCUUUUUUAAAGCCACGCCACUGGGGAACAAAGUAAGGUUGCUCCAGUGACAAUUUCCUCUGAGCUAUGCCAUCAGAACUUUGAAAAUGUCCUCUUUUUCUUGUAUGUUUUUUUAAAAUGUUUUUUUUCUCUCCAGUUGUUUUAUUGUUUUGAUCCAAAAUGGUUUGUGUGGCUGUCUGCAGGCUGGAACUAAAUGCUGCAGAUUGAAAUCUCAACUGUGACCUAGCUGUGGCUAACUGUGAAUCUGCUGCAGAGCUGCCCAUCAAGCCUCUCUCCUCUUCACACUCUAGAUUCUUGUUUGUCAGUUGGUUUAUAUCUCUCUCUCAUUUUGUCUGUCUUGUUUUUUUUUUUUUGUUAUUUCAAAAGUUCAGAUCAGCCUUUUGUUAAGCUACCUUAUAUUUUGGAGAUAUUUUAGUGUACAUAAAACACAUCUUUUUAUUUUUUCCACCAAACAUGGAUAUAUCAGUUUUCUAGUCUUGUUACAGUUUUAAAGGUUCUGGGCAGGUUUUGGUUAAUCUAAUUGAUGUUGUAAUUCCAUGUUACCUGACGAUUUCUUGUGUUUCUUUUUACACCUAUCUUUUUGUUUUGUUUUUCAUAUGAAUUGUUGGCUUUAAGCUUGAUGUUGUAUCCAAAUGUAGAUCAGUGUAAUCUACAAACAAAUGAAAAAAAUAGUUCCUUUUCUUAGCCAAAGUGAUCUCUGUGGAACAAGAGAGACAAGGCUUCCCUUAACAUUAGAUUUUAACAAAGCCCAUACAUUAAGCUACAUUCACAACAUGUUAUAUUUAAUAAACCUCACUUAGAAUUUACCUACUAAUGAUCUGCCACAGUAAGAUGAUAAUCUGUCUCGUGAAACCGUUGUACAAUUGAGAUGCGUAGUUACAUCACCACAAAUCAUUUACAUUAAAUGCACUUUAAACUUCUGGGCAAUUUCUUCAAUCUUAAAGAAAUUUAUUUGUGGUAUUCGUCCUUUUAUAAAAUGCCUAUAUAGAUUAAGGCCUAACAAUCAUUGUAUUAUCAUGAAGCACCUUACAACAUUUUGGUUUAUUGUUUUUUUUUUAUGGCAAGAAUGAGUUAUGGGAUAUCAUUUUGUUUUGUCUGUCAUAUAUAUCCCUGACAUGCCAAUGCUCCAAAACAAGCUUGAUAGAUUUAGUAGUACUACUACUUCCAAAUAUUUAAAUCUGUGAAGAUUUAUUUGGGGUGUUUAGAAAACCAGAUUUCCACAAGUCACACUGAAACUGGACUCUAUAACACCGUCAUGGCCUCCCGAACAAUAAAUGGCAUACAAAUUGACAAGCAAAAGUCAACAACUCUUCUUGGCUUUCAAGCCCAAAACAUGAUUCACCUAUCUAAAGAUAUGUACCUAUGAAAUGUGCAAGCUGACUGGAAUAUGUGCUUUAACUUAAUGUGUGAAGAUGCUGGUUAUGUAUAGAUAUAUAUAGAGAUAAUUAUGUAUUUUUACAAAUGAGUGGUAACUGUAAGCCAAAGUAUUGAAGGCUGAGAUCAAGCUAAAGAAGGGGGAUGCUGACAGCAGCAGGGUUUGCACAAAAAAUAGCCAAGGUAAUAGCUUAGUGAAUCUUAAGCCACCAAAAUGGUGACGUAUUUUUGGGAUUUCCUAAAAAUAUCCCUUUUUCAGUGUCCUUUAGUUUUUUGUUUUCCCUGUACAAAGCAACAUGUGAGGUUUAUAUGCGGUUGCGUGUAUUUAAAAUACAUGCAAUUUAAAAGAAAGAAAAGAUUUCUGUUGUGCAAAGCAACAUGGCUGAAAUUCUGACACAUUGUCGUGUAUUGUGUUUGUGUUUGUUUCUUUGUUGUUUGAUGCCAAAAGGGGUGUGGUUAAAAUAAUGCUUUAAGAUAGAGCAUUAAUAGAGCUAUUACAGCAUCUCAAAUGUUAACCUGUUUUGAAAGGCUGGUUUCCUGGAGCGCGAUGAAGCGUAAUCCUUUAACUAAAACCAUCUUUAGUGGAUGAAAGUUGUAUGGAAGUACUGUAUGUUUUUAACCCAGAUUUGGCUUAAUCUGUUAUGACAAAGCCAAUCUCUGUCUAAUGUACCAAGUCACUUGCAGAGGAGCAGUUUGGGUUUUAGCUGCAUAUUAGUAACAUACACAAAUACAUAACCUGGCAGAGCCAUUAAUAUAGGCUAGUUUGGCUCUGUAACACAACACCAGACCUUCCUGUACUCUCACUGUCACACGCAAGUAGUGAUAAGGAGGAACUGUAACCGCGCUGGCUCUGUGAUCCUCUUCUUGUGUCACCUCUAGUUCCUUAUUCUCCUGACAUUUAUAUGGACUGGAUUUAAAAAUGCUAAUGUAUGUAGAUAAUGGCAAAUCCUGUCCUUCUCGCUUGGUGUUUUGCUUAUGUUGUGAACGCCUGUCAAAGCUUCAGAAGUGAGGGAGCUUUAUGUUGCUUUUUGGCAGUUUGAUUCAGAAAACGAGAUCAGUUCUAGCUUCACUGAGUGGAACAAGAUAAAUGGCUCCAUCUAGCAGUUUUCACAACUAAGUGUACACAAAACACAUUACUGUUUGAGCCUCAGAUACAAUGUCAAACUUACUUCAAAUGAGAAAAAACGGGAGGCACACAUUGUUAGGCCUGUAUUUUUCAGUAACUUUGUAUACAAUCCUCAAACCGGUUCUACUUCAUCUAACUUCACCGUCCUACCUCAUUGUUACUCUGGUGUUUGUUUGUCAGUGACUGUAAACUAUGUGUGUAUAUUAAAAAAAUCUAUAGGAAAGGUAUACUCGGUUACUCUCAACAUGUACAGCAUAUAAAACUUGUAAAACACCUCAGUACACAAUAUCAUUCUUAGGAGAAAUCAGUUUUAUUACAUGCUUAAAGAUGCUGCUGUAAAGGGGUGUCUGCGUGAGGGGUUGUCUCUGAAUAUAUAUCUUCGCUCUUUGCUAUGUCGUGCAGUUGAUCAGUGGUUGUGUUCUGUCUCUAUAUUGCAUUCUGAGAUUUUUACUGGUUGACGGUGCUACCAGCAAACAGUUCAAAAACUGAUCUGUCUAUCGGACCUCAAAUGGUGCUGUUUUUCUAUGUUUUUAUCCUCAUACAACUAUGUUUUAUUCAGGUGUCAACCGCCACUAUCCCCUCAGCUAAUCAGAUUUUAAGCCAAAAUAUUUCGCAAAACGAUAACCCUGCUAUUACUGUAUCAACUAUAUGCUAUCCAUCCAAAUAUUGUAGAUAGUGAUUAUAUCCUCAGCUGUGAGUUUCAGAAGUACCUCAGACCUUGCUGAUUUUCAAUAGAUGCAUCUGCUUCUAGCACCUGUUGUCUACCAAUAUUACAUUGUUGCAGUGUAUUUUCAAUAAUAUGCAUUUUUACUGGUUAGAUCAGGUUUCAUUAUAUAUAGUACAUGAUAAUUAGAACAUAGUACAUGAUAAAUUUAAAGGUUACCACUGUUCACUGGUUGCAUGCCAGAUUGUCAUAAAGGAAAUCUCAGUUGGACCGGGCAGUGUAUGUUACAGUAGAAGAGGUCCUCAGCAAAACCAUGUUCUGUUUGAGUCAAAGUUAAGCCCAGUUUGUUUUACAGAAGCGGGAUUCCAUUGGUAGUUGUAUUUAUAGUGGAAAAAGUUGAUCCCUUAGAAGUGAUUUUGGGACAAACUAGAGCCCCGUCUAUAAUAUCAAGGAGAUCACAGAGAGUCUUCAAGGUACAUUCACAAAGACUGUUUUUGGGGAGUUUCAGCAUGUCACUUUUGGAAUGAUUGAUUUUUAUCUAGUUACCUCUUUAGUCUGUGAUUUCCCCCGUUGUAUUUCAUUGUCCCUUACUGUUGUGUAAACAAUUCAAAUGCAACUUUCAUUGUUUAAAUCUGAAUUUAGUAUAGCAAUCUGUUCAUGAUUAACUUUACUGGGAGCUAAAGUCACAUGUACAGCAAGCAGGAUUCAGUGUCUGGACUUUGGCUGGAUUAUACAAAAAGUGCAUUAUAUUUUGUUUUACCCUGUGCAGUGACACCAAUGGAAUCUUUUCUGCGCCAAAGUGUUUGAUGUAGAGGGGGUUUUUGGGGUGGUUUGCUCAAACUGUCAGUAUGUAUAUACUUGUUUUGUUUGUUUGUUUUUACUCUGACCAUGUCUGUGAACAUGAAAUAUGCUGGGGAACUCCUCUCUACUGUGAGCAGUGUGUGUUCAAAUACACAGCAAUUGGUUUCAUGGAAGCACUUAAGCCAUUUGUUGGACUGUUUCAUAAUGGUUCAAUUUUAAGCUUUGCUCUGGUCCAGGAAAUUGACCCAGAGAGUUUUGUGUGUAAUUGAAUUCCUAUGCAGGUGUUGAGUUGUAAUCACCUGGUACCAUAUCACUGUUUGGUGCAGGGCCAACCAGAGAGAGCUAACUGGAGAGCGAUCAAACCUUUGAAUGUGUCUGCACAGCCUUGAGAUUGUGAGAGUCAAAGGGGACAAUAGCGACAUGACAAAUCCAUACAGAACUAUUACUACAUUUUCAUGGAGUUGAAUUAAACUGAGCUAUACAGGGCUGCUUGGGUAUAUACCUGUCUGUAAUAGUUGUAACUGCAUUGCAAUGAUCAUUGGGGAAAGACAGGGUUAUUACUGUAUGGAGUAUUUCCAGUUGGUAUGAUAAUGUGAAAAGAAUUUCAAGACUAUUGCAGUAAACACUCCCUAACCCUAUUUUAGCCUCCCAGAGGCGAUCUUACAUUUACAGAAGAUGUUAUAAGUAUAUGCGAUAGAGAGUGUACAUGUCUUUGCUAAACCGGCCACACCUCUGCUAUGCGAGCAACUCUUUGACGCUUAGCAUCCUGUUCUGUGUUUUCUCUUGCUGCAUUCAGGAACACCUGUUUAAUGUAUAGAUAAACAGAAAUAAAUCCAGACUUUUAUUCUAUCAGCACAAA